AUGGAGUACCAGAAAAUUUUGAAUCUUGUACAACACCACGUAAUUGUUAUGGAAGAAUUCAUAGCUAAAAAUGAUGCAAGACGUUAUAAAUGGGUCAAAGAUGCAUAUUAUUCAGAUGCUGAUAAUACAUAUGGUGAUAAGGGUACUGGUUGUAGCGAUGGACUGUAUAUCCGUAAAGAAUAUGAAAGAGAGAGUUUCACGAGAUGUCCAUUUUGCUGGUGUCAGUGUGAUGAUGUUUCUCCUAAAUCUAAACUUGCUGUUAAUACAAUAAGUCUAUUACCAGCUAUGAGUUCUAUUGCAAAAAAUAAGGUUGUUACGGGUGCAAGAAUGAUUAUCAAAGAUAACAUUUUCAAUAUUCAAGUAGCAGAGGGAGUGAUUGGACCAAAUUAUAUUGUUCAAGCCUUUACUGAUGAAUGGGUUAGAUUACCUAGCAUUGUCAAUGAUGUACAAGAAUCACUUGAUAAUGGAGGUCAAGGAAAAUUAAAACAAAACACUGAUUAUGUUUUAUGGGACCCAAAAAAAAACGCAAUUAAUAUGGAUGAAAUGACUAUUGAAUAUGGACGUGUUGUAACAGGUAUAAAAUUUGGAAUAGAAAAUGUAGAAGGAAAAUUUCCUAACAGAAUACAAAUUCAAGUACAUUCAACAGAGUAUGAUUGGAAAAGUGGCAAAUUAAUAAAAGAUACUGAAAAAUGGCAUUAUCCAGAUGGUAAUCACACAGUUACAAGCGAUUACGGUGAAUUAAAUCCAGUAAAGACAAAUGAAAAGACAGUCAUUGACUCACAAACUGAUAAGUUCUAUACAUUAUCAAUGAGUGAUAGUAAAACUGAUGCAGGACAAACAACUUUACCAUUAUUUGAUGCUUCUUACGUUGGAUCAAAAGUUCCUACAGCAUUGAGUGGUAUAGGUUUGCAUCAUCGUUCAUCAAAUCGUGAAAAUGGUGGAUUUUUCGGUAUAACUGCUUAUUCAGUUAUUUAUGAUAAAUAUAUGAGCGAACUUAAUCUAGAAACAUGA